AUGUCUGCCUCCGUGAAAACCCGCGAUUCCGCACUAAACGCUAUUAAGAGGUACAUGGCAAAAAGUAUAGAUGAUGCAUUUGCCAUGGACUUCGACAGUGUCGAAAGUUAUUUGCAGCUCCUCAAUGAGCAAUGGGUCCGUUUCAACACUGCCCAAGAUGCAGUCGAAACAUCUUGUGGUCUUGAAAAUGCUGAAGUGGAGGAAAAUGCUCGCGUGCAAGGCGAGACUUGGUAUGCUACAGCCCUGGCCAACUUCAAACGUGUCCAGAAGUGUCGCACGGAAUCGGCAAUGCAACCCGCACCCGCAUCAAAGGCUGUGUCUGCAUCAAUACGUUUGCCGAAAAUGGAUUACCCACAUUUGCUGCUGCCUAAAAGGGACGCGUUAAGUAUUAUAUGCGGCUUCAAGAUAUGCGAGGCGAACUAUGCAGAGGCAUGGAACCUGCUGAAGUCCCGCUACAAGGUCAUGCGAGUAAUCGUUGAAGCACAUCUUAGGGCGAUAGCUGAUAUUCGCAAGGCUACGAGUGACGCUGCUGAUGCUAUAAAGAGCGUUAUCGAUGCAUUUCAGCAACACAUUCGAGAGCUCAAAGCGUUAGGGCGCCCCGUCGAAUUUUGGGACGAUUGGUUGGUGCAUGAAAUUGUCAACAAACUUGCGCUCGAGACCCGAAAGCAGUGGGAGCUUUCACUUGUUAGUGAUGAGCCUCCGACAUUUGAACAGCUGACGUCGUUUUUGGAGAUAAGAUGUCGCUCAUUAGCAAUGCUUACCACGCCUUCAGCUCAGACCUCGAUUAUCAAGUCGACUACACAGAAAUCAGCUGGCAAAUCAACCAAAGUGUUUCACGCUGUUCCGGAGCAGAACCUCACGCGCUGCAUGUACUGUAAUGCAGCUCACAAAAUUUUUGCUUGUGACAAGUUUCGCAGUUUAGACUCAACCGCUAAGUCUAAGUUCAUAAAGGAAUCGAAAGCAUGUUUGAAUUGUCUGAGUCCAGGGCAUUACAAGGAGCGCUGUAACAGCACGUCGGCAUGCAGAGUAUGUCACCAACGUCAUCAUACGCUGCUUCAUAGUACUGCGGGCUCGCCCGCUACCACAUCCGCUCAUGUCGUCGAGGCUAACGGCAUCGCUCCAAAUACCGCAUCUGCCAGCAAUCAUGCAGCCGACUCAUCUGCCAUCGCUUUGCAAGCGGAUAGCGCUGCUACUCACGUUUCAUCUUGCUUAAGUUCUGGUUCUAGUCUGCCCCCUGCAACGCAAAAAACCGUGAUAUUAGCUACCGCACUAGUAAAGACUUUAAAUGUUUCGAAUUGGCCGCAUAUUCAAGGAUUGUUCCUAGAUCCGCAUUAUGCGAAGCCUAGCCGCAUAGACAUUCUGGUUGGCAUGGAUGUUAUGGACCGAUUCAUCUGCACCGAGCUUCGUAAAGGUCCGACUGGCGCUCCUAUGGCUCAGAGAACAGUUUUUGGGUGGACUUUGUUCGGAAGUGUCGACAGUUGUGCUUCACCCGCGCUGCGUUUACCGUCACUGCAUUGCGACGUCCAUCUGGAUCGAGCGCUCGCUAAAUUGUGGGAGCUGGAAGAGUUGCCAACGCCUGACGGUCGCUUUGUCGUUGAGUUACCGCUAAAGCCUAACGUAUCAUUGGGCGAGUCACGCAACUUCGCGGUUCGCAACCUGUUACGCAUCGAACGAAGGCUCGCAGGUAACUACGAUUUGCGCUUAGGUUACAAUGAGUUCAUGCAAGAACUUAUUGAAAUGGGUCACAUGGAGAUGGUAUCUGAAACGACGGGCGAAGGAUAUUAUAUGCCGCAUCACCCAGUAAUAAAGGAGUCCAGUGUAACGACCACGCUGCGGGUUGUUUUCAACGCGUCCGCCAAAACUACCACAGGGAAUUCGCUAAAUGACGCACUGUUUUUCGGGCCUCAACUGCAACAAGAUCUAUACUCCAUAUUGCUGCGCUUCAGGACGCAUCGGCACGCGGUAACCGCAGACGUCGCGAAGAUGUACCGACAAGUCUGCGUUUCACCAAAGCACGUCCACUUGCAGCGAAUCGUUUGGCGUCCCGAUCCGUAUUCACCAAUUAAGGAUUACCGGAUGCUGCGCGUAACGUAUGGGGUGGCCACCGCGUCUCACUUGGCAGUCAAGUCGAUGCAACAAACUCCUAAGUGCGCGUCUAGUAGCUGCAAGGAAGCCGUGGCUGUGAUCCUCAAGGACUUCUAUAUGGACGACUUAUUAACUGGGGCUUCUUGCAAAAUAGAACUUAAGUCACUUCAACAAGCUGUCUCUGGCAUUCUCAAAGAAGGCGGCUUUGAACUGCGGAAGUGGGCAUCUAACUGUGCAGAGGUAAAUGAGAGUAUAUCCAACGCAUCUCAAAGUAUACCGCAUUACAUGGUCAACGGUAAGGACGUUAACGCGCUUGGCCUCUUUUGGAACAUAGAAGGCGACUAUUUAACAUUCACAGUGGACCUGAAUCGGCCACCUGUUAUUCUAACUAAGAGAGCCUUUUUAUCUGACGCCAGUACUAUUUUCGAUCCACUUGGUUUGCUUGCACCUGUGACAAUAAGGUCCAAGAUGUGGUUUCAGGACAUUUGGCGUGCCGAGGUUGGAUGGGACGAGCUGAUACCAGGCACAAUCGCAAGGCUGUGGGUUGAUCAUCGUUCACAGCUGCAGCAAUUGGCGAACUUGAAGGUGAAUCGCUGGCUCGGCUCUGGAACGCUUGGAUCGCUCACAGAGUUGCAUAUUUUUGCUGAUGCUUCUGAGCGCGCUUACGCUGCAGUUAUAUACGCCCGUACUGUUCACAGCGAUGGCCACGUCUCAGUUGCAGUAGUUUCGUCCAAGACCAAAGUGGCGCCAAUAAAACCUACUUCUUUACCUCGCCUGGAACUGUGCGCGGCCCAUCUCGCUGCCAAGUUGGUGAACAGUGUACAACAUAGUUGGGGCGAUCUCCGUUACCCUCUUUUUGCUUGGACAGACUCUACAAUCACGUUGGCAUGGUUGCAAGCACAUCCCAGUAGAUGGGAGACGUUUAUUGCCAAUCGUGUUGCUGAUAUUCACGAAAUUCUACCGCCUGAUUGUUGGAAUCACGUACGCUCUGAAAGAAAUCCCGCGGAUUGCGCCUCUAGAGAUGAAGUUGCGCCGUGUGGCAAAAAACGCUGCCAAUUCUACGUGCCCGAAAAAUCCAAAUUGGCUUUUGUGAUCCGUAUCCGCGGCAUCAACAAAGUUGCACCAAAAGUGCGUAAAGUUUUACUGUUGUUCCGUUUUCGCCACAUUAACCAAUGUUUGUUUAUCAAAUUGAACAAGGCAACCAUUAAUAUGCUACGUAUGCCGAACCUUAUAUGGGGUUAUCCAAAUCUUAAAUCAGUUCGUGAAUUGAUGUACAAACGUGGAAUUGUCAAGCACAACCAUCAACGUGUCCCAAUCUCUGACAGACAGCUUGUGAUCGAACGCAAAUUGCGCAAAGCGCACGGAAUUCAGUGCGUUGAUUAUUUGGCGCACGAAAUAUUCACUGUUGGAACCCACUUCAAGAAAGCCUCCAACUUCCUGAUGCCAUUCAAGCUCAACACAUCAACCCGAGGCUGGCGCAGGAAGGCUAAUCAUUACGUUGAGGUUGGUGAUUUCGGUAGCCGUGAGCAGAAGAUCAACAAACUGCUACGCAAGAUGGCUUGA